UACUGUCACUGUCGUUCUCUCCUCGGUCCUCCGAGCUCAGCCUCUGCUCCUCUGCCUCUGACCGGAGCUCCUCCUCCCCCUUCUCGCCGGUGAAAACAAAACAAAAUGCCACUGGGGUUGAUAUUAGGCUUAGGAAGGGCAUUUCGAAGAAAGCGGCCAUCAUCCCUUGACAUUCUCUCUUCAAAGAGGGCGCCACGAGAUUACUACAAGGGCAAGAACUGCAAACCAACUGGAUUCCAUACCCGCAAAGGUGGAUAUGUUGUGGUGAAUGAAAAGCUGCCUAAUUAUGUAGUCCCUGAUUUGACUGACUUCAAGCUGAAGCCUUAUGUCUCACAGUGCCCAAGAGAAGUUAAAACUGCAGACGCAACUGAUGCGGCAAAAUAAAGCCAACAUGUCCACUUCUAAUACUCUGGUUCUCAAGACUGCAUCUAAUGUGCCAAAUUCUGUGGAUACUUCUAUAUGCUCAUUAGGCACCGAUGUUGGUGAAGAAUUUUUGAGCUACAAGCUAUUGCAAAUGAAGUUUAUCUAUGUCGUGGACCCAGUCUGGAAAUUGAAAUAUUUUUGGGAUGUCUUUCAAUGAAUAUGGGAAAUCGCAAUGGCUAAUCUACCAAGAAUUAUGGUUCUGUUCUUUUCAAAACAAUGUCUACACAGACGGAAAAUAUGGACUUCUGUAUAAAAAGGGGGCAGUAAAUAUUUCUGUUAAGCUAAAAGAUCAUACUAGUCUCUGUAACUAAAGGGUUUCAUUUCUCCCUUCAACAGAGGAGGUUUAUAUCCAAUAACCAAUAGGUUAUGCUCCUUUGCUGUGUCAUUCUUGGAGGAGAUAUUUUAUUUAUUUUUGGUUUA